UAAAACUGAAUGUAACGUUGACGUGUUGUUCGUGGUAAAUCAUCAAAACCGGUAAAACGCAGAUGCUGUAGCUUUCAAUAGUUAAGUAUUUAAGUCACCUCGGGUUUUGAUUGAGGAAAUAUCUGUUUUUUUCUCUUGGUAAUUAGUGUUUGGCAAUGGCAGGAGAAAUGUCAAUUUUCGGGGGCACUAUUUUGGCUCUGUUCCUUGCAGGCUAUCUGGGUCAACAGUACCUGCCUCCCCCGAAGCCCAGGGUGAUUGGUCUGGAUCUGGGGACUACCUUCUGUUCAGUGGGGGUCUUCCACCCAGGCACAGGGGAGGUGGAAGUAAUUGGAGAUGAAGAGGGAAGGAAUAGCAUACCCAGUGCUGUGUCCUUCACUACUACUGAGGUACUAGUGGGCCAUGAUGCCCAGGACCUGGCUGACAGUAAUCCUCAAAACACCAUCUAUGAUGCCAAAAGGUUCAUUGGGAAGCUGUUUGAACAGGAGCUCCUUGAGCAGGAAAGUGCUCGAUACCCGUUCAAGGUGAUAAACAACAAUGGUAGUGCUGAGUUUCUGGUCUCCACCAACCAAACCUUCACGGUGACCCCGGAGUUCAUUGGGUCUCGGCUCCUGCUGAAGAUGAAGAAGAUGGCAGAACGACAUCUGGGAGUGCCCAUUCAGAGGGCAGUCAUAUCUGUGCCAGCAGAGUUUGACGAAAGGCAAAGAAAUUACACUAUCCGGGCUGCUAAUCUAGCUGGGCUGGAGAUUCUCAGAGUUAUCAAUGAGCCUACGGCUGCAGCGAUGGCCUAUGGGCUGCACAAGGUGGACGUGUUCAACGUGCUGGUUGUUGACCUGGGAGGAGGCACUCUAGAUGUUUCUCUGCUCAACAAACAGGGGGGCAUGUUCCUCACUAGAGCCAUGGCAGGUAACAACAAGCUAGGAGGCCAGGACUUCAGCCAGAGGCUCCUCCAGUACACCAUGGAACAAGUCCACCAGCAGUAUGGCCUCCCCCCCACCCUCAAAGAGGACAUCCACCGCCUCCGACAGACUGUGGAAGCGGCCAAACUCAACCUCACCCUGCAGCCUAGUGUCCAGCUCCAGGUAGCCCUCCACCUGGAUGCCCCCGAGAGCCUGGAGGUUCCCCAAGGCUCUACUAAAGGACCAGUGCUUUUCCAAGCCGUCGUCACCCGCGAGCUGUUCGAGGAGCUCAAUGCCGAUCUCUUCCGGAAGAUUCUGGACCCUGUCGAGACAGUGCUGGCUGAGGGCCACCUUGGGAAGGAGGAGGUGGACGAGAUCGUCUUGGUCGGGGGUUCCACCAGGAUUCCACGGAUCAGGAGGCUGAUCAGUGAAUAUUUUGGGAAGGAGCCCAACACGUCUGUGGACCCAGACCUGGCUGUAGUGACUGGGGUGGCCAUCCAGGCAGGCAUCAUGGGGGGCUCCUGGCCCCUGCAAGUCAGCGCCAUAGAAAUACCCAACAGACACCUGCGCAAGACGAACUUCAACUGACAGCAUCGCUUGCUGCAGGGAAAGAUGGACUUAAAAUGAUGAUCUGCGCUUCAACUGACCAUGCUUCUCCAUACAACUAAUUGUUUGCCGAGUUAAAAUCUCCAGCUUUAUUGGGUACUGAAAUGUCAUGGACAAGCCCCUUUUGAAGCUUGGAUACUGGAGAACACCAUCUCAUGUUUUAUUGAUUGUUAUAGAAGAUUUCAAUCAUGUUAAAUUCAGGGAACAAUAUUUUUCAAAUGAGGCCAGCCAAUACACAUGCCAUUUUAUUACCAUUUUAUUUAUUUUUUUAGGUGUGAAUGUGAGUGUGUAUUUAAUUCCCAUCCCAAUGUGCGUGUGCCUUUUUCCUGAGGGCUGCUAAAGUUAAGUUGUGCAUUGUUGUGUUCACACCACUGAGAAGUUUAAUAAUAUGCAGUCCAACAGCUUUGCAUACUUAGCUUCGAUUAGUGUUAUAAGAAGUUAGCAUUUUGUGUGCUGAUUUCUUGUCACUGUCAUUGUAUUUGAUGAGAUAUUGAAAGGAAAUAAGGGUCAUCCCUGUUGUUGCACUUUAAAAACUAACAGUACCCAAUUUGUCUGUUGCUAUAUUGCAUCUUUUUUCACACACUGGCUUAACACUCAUGCCUAAAGUAGUUCUCAGCAAGUGUUCUUCAAUACUAACAGUAUAUUGAAGUACCUCUGUGCCACAUAAGGACCAAAUGGUCACAUAUGGUGCCAGUUGAAUGUGUUGAGAAACAAAAAUUUGUUUUAUAGGAAACAUGGUCAAUCCUACAUAUUGACUGAAGAGCAUAACGUGGUUACAGAAUAAUGAUAUAACUCUUUUGUGAAAAUUUACAGUCACUAAUGCAUUCCAAAAUUACAUUGGAAUCCUUUGAUAGCAAAUAAACAAUAUAAAUACUGUAUUCCCUGGCUACUGUUGUUACAUUACAUAUCCUAAAAUAUUUAUGGGAUACAUUUGGAUGUUUUUGUUCAACAUUCAACCACAGCUUUUUUUGUACUGAAUUUAAAAUCAGCAAUCUUGUACUAUAACCAUAUUUUCUAUGUUAACGUUGAAAAUGCUUGAAUUACCUGAUUUUCAGGCAAAUAAAAUUCCAUUCC